AUGCUGCGCCCUUACCAGCAGUCUGUUGCGCGAGCUCCUGCCAACGGGUCGCCGGCGACUAAACGGACCAUCUUUAUUCAGACCGAGAACACCCCGAAUCCAGACGCCCUUAAAUUCAUCCCGAACCACCGCGUUCUUCCCGAAGACUUCCCCUCGACGUUCCUGGAAUAUUUGUCCCCGCGGUCGACGCUGGCGCCGCCGCACCCGUCGCCGCUGGCGGCGAACCUACUGAACGUGGAAGGGGUGACGUCUGUGUUCUACGGGCCGGAGUUCAUCACGGUGACCAAAGCGAGCGACGCGAACUGGGCACACAUCAAGCCCGAGGUGUUCAGUCUGAUCACGCAGGCGGUGACGUCCGGGGAGGCGAUUGUCAACACGGUCGCACGGACGGGCGAGCCGCACGGGGACGCGCAGGAGGGCGGCGAGGUGGACUCGCUCGCGUACAACGAGGACGACGACGAAGUGGUCGGGAUGAUCAAGGAGUUGCUGGACACGCGGAUCCGCCCGGCGAUCCAGGAGGACGGGGGGGACAUUGAUUUCCGAGGGUUCGAGGAGGGGAUCGUCAAGCUCAAGUUGCGGGGGGCGUGUCGGACGUGUGAUUCCAGCACGGUGACGCUGCGGAAUGGCAUCGAAUCGAUGCUGAUGCAUUACAUCGAAGAGGUCAAGGGAGUGGAACAGGUGCUCGACGAGGAGGAACAGAUCUCCAUGCUCGAGUUUGCCAAGUUUGAGCAGAAGCUGCGGGAGCAAAAGCACGCCGCAAGGAGUCUCAAUUCUGCUUAA